AUGCCCAUCAGACUCCCAGAUUCGUCUAUAUCGUCUAUAUCGUUUGACCCGUUAUCUCCUACCUCGUCAGACUUGGUUAUUGGCUCGUCGGAUAGCGAGAGUGACCGGGACGAUGCUGCCAGGGCCGCAAAGAGAAGGAGGAUUGAACGAGUGGCACAGGAUUACUUGCAGGGACACCCACCGUUUAUCCUAACGGCCGCCCUUAAUGGGCCUUUUGAUGAUGGCUGGGUCAAUCCCUGGCGGAAAGUGCGCAAGCAACAUCAGAUCCCUCAACAAAAUGCGAGAAUUCCCACGCCGCAGCCGGCCUCGAUACACUCAGUGAAACAUGACAGAUUAAUACCGCCAACGCUGCGGGCGAAACCUAGCAUCAUUCUCGGUACCGACUCACAUCAUAGUAAUGAUACUGGUAGCGAGAUCCAGCAUCGACGGAUAAGCGCGAAUCUAGACAGCCAGAACAGCUCACGGCGCUCUUCAAAGUCAAGGUCUGCCAGCACAUCAGGCACAUGGCUUAAGAAGGACAAGACACCUCUUAGGCGCCCCUUGAAAGAUGCCCCAAGAUCUCCAAGCCCGUCACCGUCAGUCAGGUUAGAUAGCUCUCGUGUGUCAAAGCGGCAGCCGGAACGAUCCCACCGUGCGGGUGCAGCUUCCGGCCAGGUUGUCCACAGGCGGACCCUCAGCUUUACAGCCAUCAACGCGCCCGUACCCACGAAUUCAACUUCUACUCCCCAUGCCUACGUUCAGAAAAUUCACGAUUCUCCUGCCGAUGAAAAUGGAGCAGGUGGUCUCGGCCUUAGUGUUGCCCGAGAGAGUUUGGCUGUGUCGGACAAACCAACCAAACGACCUAGUCGAAAGGCAUCGCUUGUGCACCUGUCGAAGAGCCCAAAUCCUGGAAGCCUUGCAUCUGGGGAUACCCCAACUAUAGAGUCACUACUGCACGAGAACGGCCACAGAGGAACUGAUGAACCUGUCUCGACCGGCAACACUCCUAGCGCCACGAACAAGUCGUCUCUUCAAAAUGCUGCUUUAAUAGAAGAAUAUAACACCCCGCAUGCGAACGAAACGAUCACGUCCACAAACAUGGCCUCGAAAUCCUCUAUUAAGUGUAACACGUUCGUUGCCCCAUUGAGCCAGAGAGAAAGCGAGGCGCAGAAAACAGGCUCUACGCUUCUAGAACAAGAUUCGGAAACCAUACCAGCGGCCCAGAUCGUCCCCACCAUCUUCACCCCACCACAGCUCACACCAUUCACGUCGGCGGACCUACUUCAGCUUCCGUUCAAUCAGAGCAAUGAUUCUGCUAGGAACGAUAGUGUGUCGAAAGACGGGGCCCGAGCGUAUAAUCAAGCCCGAGCUUCGACCCCGGGCACACAGGGGUCGGGAACGAAUAAUGCAUGCCCGCGGCCAAUGAAAGGAGCUCAGCAGAAUCCUCCUAGCCGCCUUCGAAGAGUUGCCUCGAGCAAUGCGUUGCACAAGGUGAUUAAGCCCUUCCAUUCUUUUCAUGGAGGCCCCCGAGCUACGGAAACGGGAUCCAAAUCUACGGAUCUGUCGAAUAGUACCCGAGUCCACGACGCGGAUGAGACUCCGGGUAUAAUUCCUCCGGCAGAAGAGCAGCGAGCAAGCACUGACACCCGACCCUCAAGAUGCCCAGGAGAUGGAAGCACACCUAAAGUGCAAGCCACCCAUAAGCCUAACAAACCGGCCACGCUGAGCACGCCAGCCUCCUGUCCUGCGGCCCUAUUGCCACAGAAAGACAGUCAUCCCUCCCAACCUGCUGCUCGGGUGCCCCUCAGCUCGCUGGCGGAGGAUCACUCGUCGACCGUACGUUCCUCGGGAAUGCCAAUGUCACUCACACUAGCCAUGAGCGGGCUGACGGACCUUUCGACGCAGCCAGAUGGCCAAGGCCUGCUUGUUCUGCAAGAGAACUUUGACCUCACGGGGGCAAUUGAAGAUGCUGAGAGCUUCCUGCAGAGCUGGGAUAUCGAGCGGGACCGGCAACGGCUGCGAGAUAACAAUGCAGCCAAUGGCCUGAAAUCGCCCACCUAA